AUCACUUCUUCUAGCUUGUCAUGACUAGCUAGGAAGACUGCCUCACAGUUAAUAUUUGGCUAAAGAAAGGAGGACUGAAACUGCCUUUGCUGUGUUUGUGUAUCUAGUAUUAUUGGCACUAGCAAUUUGAAAACACAGAUUUCUGCCAGGUCCAGAGUCUACUGACACGAAACAAGAGGACUGACCAAAACAUUUGGUGCAAUGGAGGUGCUGGUUCUUUUAGACUUUGAGGGAACUAUAGGAGAUGAGAUAACAGUAUGUGCGGGCGAUGUGGUGAAGAAUGUGACAGUGGCCAGUGAGGACGGCUGGAUGGAAGGAGAGCUCCGGGGAAAGAAAGGCAUCUUCCCUGCUCAUAUUGUCAAGGAGGUGCCUGCUUACUUGAAAGGAGACAGUAAGAGAGAGCCACGAAGCUUGAGAAAACCAAAGAUGACAAAAGAUCAGUCCAGGAAAUGUGAAGUGACUUAUGCCUACACACCACUGCACCAAGACGAGCUCGAACUAGUUGUUGGGGAAAUCAUAGAGAUCAUCAGAGAGAUUGAAGAUGGAUGGUGGAUGGGAAAAAAAGGUGGGAAAAUAGGAGCUUUCCCAUCAAACUUUGUGAAAGAAAUUUUUGUCUGUCCGAAAGAUGUAAAGAGCAGAGCUAAACUCUCUGAGGCCAUCUUCAUUAAAGAGGACAAACAACAGCAAAGAACAAGUAUACGUAAAAAGACAAACAUAAAAGAAUGUUGCCAAGUCAUGUUCGACUACGCAGCCAAUGCUGAGGAUGAACUAGAGCUAAAGAAGGGAGACAUUAUCAACAUCAUCAACAAGGUCUGUGAUGAUGAUGGAUGGUGGGAAGGCGAACUGAAUGGUCGAAGAGGCUUCUUCCCUGACAACUUUGUCAUGAUCAUCCCACUGGAAGUUUUCCAAGAAAAAAGCCAACCACCACUGAGAAGUGGCACAAAAAAGCAUUCAGUAAAUCAAGCUUCUGGAAUGGAUAGAAGCAGCACUGAAGCAAACACAAAGACUGAAAACAAAGAUGAGAAGUCAGAAGCCAAAGAUCUCAGAAGUGAAGUUCCUGGCAAAAUAAAGCUGCCUGGUUUGUUCAAAGCCCUACCACCUCCAGUUAAAGACAAACCACAGAAGCCUGGAUCCAAGCCAACUGAUGACCAGCCUCCUGUUUCACCAAAACCCACAAACAAUAAGCCUAAAGAUUCAGACCAGUUUGAUGGAGUCGACAUGUCUUCUGUGAAACUCAACCAUCCCACAGCCAACAGGGUCAAACCUCCACAGAGGAGACCACCAUCACACACACCUGUAUCCCAUGACACCAACCAAAAUGAGGCAUCAACAGAAACAGAUGGAGCUGAUGAAACACUUCCAGUUUCUCCCAAGGCCACAGGAAAUAAUUUACCACUGAACAACAAGCCCUCUACUAUUUUAGCACCUCAGCAUCCCACUCCAUGUAAAACUCAGACAAAACCAGUAGAGGUCCAGCAGGAGAAACCAACACUGGAGCAGGUUCUAGCUGAACUGAAAGAACUGCGCAUGGAAAUGGAACUGUUCAAAACCAGACACGAUACAGACAUGAAAGAGCUUAAAGAUGAGCUAAAUGAGGAAAGGAGCAAACGAAUGAAAUUACAGGAUGAGGUACAAGUGCUGAGGAGGCAGAAGUAACUAUAUCUCAGAUUUGAGAUUGUGGUUUUUAUAUGCUGUGCUGCUCUCAGUGGAAUGCAAAUCAGGAUUCCACAACACAGAGUGUGAGUUAAGAGACCACGCAGAUUGACCUGCAGACCCACACAUCGGCCCUCAAAGCAAUUAUUGAUUCAGCUUUUCUUAUAUAUAUUGGAUUUACAAGAAGGAGAAUGUAAUUUUCCAUGUCUUCUAACUGGACUUGGAAAAGCAAUUAUUGCUGAUAGAAAAAGAAAAAUGUACCUCCUUUAUCGAACAUUUCUAUGACACCAAGACCUUUUGUUUUGUGUGCAUAGCUUUGUGUUUUAUGGUACUCUGUCUGCUCUGAGUCUUCAUGCUGUAUAUAUUCUAAACAUCAUAAUGUUCUAUUUUCAUAUUUGAUGUAUAAAACCCAUAUUUUAAAUUAUAUUUCAUGAGUAAUCUUUAACUCUAUUCAGAAUAACUGUUUGUAUUUUUCCAGAUACACAUACCAUUAUCUACAUUGAAACCUUUGGUAAUGCUUUAAGGUUCACUCAACUAACAUGGUUUAAUACAUUCGUUAACAUGAAUGAAUCAUGUACUGUACUUCAGCAUUAAUACACCAUAAGUAACAUUAACAAACCAACUGACACCUGUAUUAAUUGAUUUUUUUAAAUAAACCAAAUAGUCAAAAAGAAAUUACACCUUAACCAAUGUUCAUACAAUUAAUAUUUAAAAUGAAGUCCAUAAUGACUAAUAUGAAAUAACACCAUAAUGAACGUUUGAGGUUGCUAAGUGACAAAAUUCAGAAAUGAGGCUGAAAGGAAAGUUCUAAGAUUUACACCUGAAGACCAGAGUUCACUUCAAGUUGUAAUUAGCCUUUAAACAAACGUCAGUUAAUACUUUUGUUGACUUGCUUUGCUUUUUACUUGACAUUACAUAUGAUUAAUUAAUGCUGAACAUUACAGCUUUUUGAUGUUAACUAAUGUAUUAUUUGAUGUUAGUUAAGCGAACCUUGAUGCAAAGUAUCACCAUUUUUUUGUUCUAUGUUUUCCAAGGUGGUAGAUUUCACAUUAGUAUAUCUCCCUUAAAACAGUACAAAACAACAUGUACUAAUGUGAUACAGAAUACUGAAACUAAUUUAAAGGCACUUUCAAAUAGAUAAGAUGUACUUAGCUAUUUUAAGAAGCUGAAAAAGUCUCUGAUGCUCAAAUGUUGUUGUUAUUAUUAUCAUCUGCUGGCUGAACCAAUGAUAUAUUUUCCCCUGUUUCUUGCCUUGCCUCACUUUGAACUGAGUUGUGUUAAAGUUAUGUCUAUUUAAUUGUGUACACCACAAAGUUUUUUAAGGUUAAGAAUUACUUUUACAGAACUGCAAUGUUUUCUUGGGAUUUGUACUGUGACACUAGAGCUUCACUGUGAAACGUGAAUUUAAGGUGAUGGAAUAAAAGUGAAUAUAUAACAAAUAA